GUCGCGGGCGAGGUGGGCGUUGUCUCAGGCGGCACGCGCAGACAGCGGGGAGUCACCGGGCAGUCGAGCGACCGUUAUUCGCCAGCUGUAGACAGAGCGAGCAGGGCGGGAGACACUCACACAGAGCUGAGACUAGCACGGCGCACACACUCGGUCCGGCCACUCUGGUCUCCGCUCGCCCUCAGCCGCCGCGUGAGAGUCCGUUAUCAGCCGCACGCAGCACACCUCACACCGCCCGGAGAACCGCAGCAACAUGGUGGACCGCGAGCAGCUCGUGCAGAAAGCCCGACUGGCCGAGCAAGCCGAGAGAUAUGACGACAUGGCGGCCGCUAUGAAAGCUGUAAGUCCCGGUCCGGGGGAGGAAGGGAGGGAGGGCAGGGUCCGACUGUCAGACCCCGGACUGUAACCGCUGGCACCGUGUGUGAAUCGUACUGUGUCAGCGGCCGACUCGGGCUACAUGUCCUGCAUGGAGCAUGGCUCCCCCACAGCCAGCACUGACUGACUGACACCCCCGGUACCGACCGCCAUGGGCUCCGUACAGUGCGAUCUACACGGUGCGGACACACUGUCUGCCUCCAGUGCAGCCCUUGCUAACACUGCACUGAUUCAUCUUACUGUAUGAUAGUCCUACACUGAGUAGAGCACGUUUGAGACAAAUGUGGAGACCUACCUUUUUCUGUAAUAAUGCAAUUUAUAUAUAUAGAUAUGAUUUCCCGUGUGUAUGUGUACAUGUUAAUUUCUAUCCAGUAUACCUACAGUAGUUUUUCCGUCCGCCCUAUGCAGAGCUUUUUAUUCGGAGUGGUUAUGGGAGGUCCCGUUAGGUAGGUGUGUAGGCCCCUUGUAGGACCCAGUGUGAGCAGAUGGGGUGAGCUCAAAUAAAGAUAUUUACCCUGUGAAAGCCUCUGCCGGAUCUUUUUGCAACCCUGGCCGUGAUAGGAGGGCAGAUACAUUCACUUAUCACAGAACUAGCUGAACACCUGAAUCGUUCUAUCCUAGGAUGCUUCCUGCUGGUGUGGGCUCUACUAGUCAUUUAAUUGACACAUUAUGAACCUUACUUUAAAUAUUGCAACGUACCUGUAUCAUAUGAUUUCAAAAUGAAUACAAGUGGAUUUGCCUAUUAUGUUAUGCAGCCAGCCAAGAUCAGAUAUGUCUCCCUGCAUGUGUGACAAGCGGAAUUGAUAAACAUUUCACAGAAAUUACGUUUGUCAUCUAUUCUCUAAUUGUAGAUUUCCCACCCACCCCAAUUUGUUUCCUUGGAUCGGAUACAUGCAGACACUACCCGUGAAAGCGUCUUUAAUUGUGUGUAACCAUUUUUUUUCCAACCAACCUCAACUUUUCAUAUCAUGUAACCUAAAUAUGAUUUAAAAUGUAUUGUGUAUGGGGGCUUUUAGAAGGAAAAAUAGCCUACGAUCCUGUAGACAAAGCAAUGGUGGGAGGCAGUACCAACCCUUCCAGAAGAUUCUGCAUUUGUCAUAUUGCAGAGAAGAGGCUGGUCUGGAUUGAGAAGGGAGGGGAAAUCAGAAAAAGGCAAUUUUUUUAUAUAUAUAUAGAUUGAUACAAAAACACUUUUUUUUUUUUUUUCUUUUUUUUUUUUAAAUCCAUGGUUUGUGCAGAUGAAAACUGAAUGAAUGUCCCAUCACUCUCUCAGUAUUGGUAACACACACCUGUAUGCACCGUUUUGGCAACUGUUCUGUUAACUGUCAUGACAUCUGUGAGAUGCUGAUUGCAGAAUGUUCUGUGAAAUUUUUUUUAUUUUUUUUUUUUUAAUCUUUACUAAACUGUUUUAGCUAAUAUUUUUUUUUUUUUUUCUGGGCAGUCCUUGUAUAAUUUGUUUAAGUUCUUCUCAAUUAUGAAAUAUUUAAUGCAAUAUUGUUUUUUUGUGGAGUAUAAAGCAGCCUCUUAAAAAAAAUAAAAAAAAUAAAAAUAAAAAAAUAUAUAUAUAUAUUUUUUUUUCUCUAAAACCAGCAUUCUUUAUGCAUUAUGCAGUGCUACAUUUGCUUAAGUUUGAGAAUAUAGACAAUACAUAUUUUAUGAUUUGAGAAGUUUAACUUGAACAAUAUCUGUCACAUUCAUACUUUUUUUAUUUAUUUUUUAUUUAAUGAAACCUUGUUUUCUUGCACUUUAUUUGUACAUAAGGUUAUUUUUGAUUGUCUAGUACACCUAACAAAUGUACACUCAUUUUCAAAAAGUGUUCAGGGUUGGUAUUGGACAUAUUGUAAGCUUUGGGAGUAGGCACACACUGAAUGCUGUGUGAGACUUUGUCCUUUUCUGCCCUCACCCAGUUCAGAUGGAGAUGCUACCUCACUUGUUUCCAUAGCAACCCAUGAUGUCAGAUGGAGACUAAAUCUGCAUUGCACCCAUGUGGUUGAUACAGGCAGCAUGCAUGGCAACUAUCCAAGAUAAUGCAGAGAUGAAUGCCUUUUCAUUUUUAGAUUUCACCUAUUAAAAACUUGACCUUAUGUUAAACUUUUUUUAAAUGCAACUAAUAUAGAAAAACAUCUUUGUCAACAGGGGCAUGUAUAUCUGUCCUGAAUUGUUCCCUGCAAUGCUUAAUACUUUAAAAGUAUUUUUCAUUUAAUUUUUGUGAAAUAUCCAGUUUUUUAGAUAAAACUGGUGCUUUUGGAGUUGAAAAUUAUUCUGUACAUUUCUUGUAACUCUAAUUCUAGCAGCAGAAUAUGGCUUGCACAUGUUUUUUUUUUUUUUUUGUAAGUACAGUAGUACAAAUUUAAAUUCUGAGCCUGAUUGCAAGUUAGACCUAUAAUACAAUUUUGGUGGUAACUUUAUUGCAGAUUUUUAUUCUGCAGCUAGGUUUUUCACUCUAGUACUUGAGAUCAUAUAGAUAUAUAGAUUUUUUUUUUUUUUUAAAUUUAGGAAAUGCUCAACAUCAGAGACUUGUUUUGAGACUUCAACCUACAUUUGUUUUCAACUGUCUACUUCAAGGCCAUCACAACCAUAUUUCUUCGCAUUCCUGUAGAAUAGAAUUAGUGUAUGUAUGUACAUACACAACCUAAUCCUGUUCUAUUGGAAUGUGAACAAUUAUGGGUGUAAUGGCUUUGUAGUAGACUGAAGCCAGAUUGACACAUCUGAUUUCCUAAAGUCUUUCAAAUAAAACAAACCUAUAUUAAUAAACUGCGGCGAUCGCAGUGGGGGGGACUUAACUGCUAUGCCAGGCAGUCCCCUGCUGCCGUUCCGGCCUUUCAGGGCCAUGUGAUCACGAGGUCCUUGCGAGGACCUCACGAUCACAUGGAUGGCAUAGCAGUCUACAGCAUUGCCAGCAGGGGGAGUGCCUGGAAUGACAGGUACUCCCCCUGCUGCCUGUAAAAAAAUUAAAGUUUAAAAUAAAACUAUAUAUACUUGGAUCAUAUAUACACACUAAGUGUAUUUUAAUAUUAAUAUAUUAUAUUAAUAUCAAAAUGCACGUAGAAUAUACACAGUACAUGCUCUGGUCACAUUAUGUACUUAAAAGUGGUGUAUGCCUGUAUUCAGGCAUACCCCACUUUACAUACACUCACGAGUACAGACAAAUGGAAAGUUCUAUUCUCGCCUGGAGCAGCUCAGUAAAGCGUCUUUGGGGCAAGAACUUUUCAUGCCUUCUGACAUGGCACAGGUUAAUAAUCUUAAAUUUGUCUACUCCUAGCUGAACAUAUAUAUUUUCUGCCCCAUACAUUGUCCAUAUUCUGCAAUCAGCGCUAUCCAGUGAAAGGGUUUACCCUGCAAUUUUCUAUGACUUAGCAGCUUAGCAACAAUUCUGAGGAUUCAAAGUUAAACCAUAAAUGCUUAAAGUGAUGAAGAGGUGUUUCUAAACAAAGUGUGAAACUAAGCUGCUAACAAAUACAAAUUGGCACUCACUGUAUUGACAGAAAAUGGCCCAGUGGGCAGGUUUAUUUAACUUUUCCUCCCAGUUGUCAGAUGAGUAAAAGAUAAAUGGUACUAUCUGGAAUGAGAAUUUUUUUUUUUUUUUUUUUAUGGUUUGUUUUUACUGAAUAAAAGCACACUUGAAAUCUGCAGUUGCAGUAUCAGUUAUGCCUGUAAAUUACUAUUGCAAUGCAGUACAUGCAUUGGGAAGUGAAAAAAGGUAUUGCUUCACUGUGUAAGUACAUUUUCGUUUUACAUUCAUGCUCUGGUCCCAUUGUGUACUUAAAAGUGGGCUAUGCCUGUGUGUAAAUUGAAAAUGUACUUAAAGUGAAGCAAUACCUUAUUUUUUAUUUUUCACUUCCCUAUGCAUGUACUACAUUGCAAUAGUAAUUUACAGGCAUAACUGAUACUGCAAUGUAAAGAUUAAAUCAAUACAAAAUAACAGGGCACCACAAUCACCAAUAUAUAAAACGGAUUGCAUUUUUGUGUUAAUAUCCAUCUAUAUAUUUUUUAGCUAUCUUAAUAAAUUGUAAUUUUUUACUUUUUUGUCUUUCCGUUUUACUCUGAGACAAGCUGGUGUAUAAUAUAUAUAUAUAGAUGGAUAUUAACACAAAAAUGCAAUCUGUAAUAGAAAGCCUGGAUAAGCUCUGUACCCUUCUGGCUAGCAGCUUAUGUAUCACAAUAUAAAGUGCACAUCUGCAAGUGCAAAAAAAAAAACUGUUUAAGUAAAGGGAAGUAUAAAGUGCUAAAGGUGGCUUAUAAAAGUCACUUACCUCAACAGUCAUUUCACAACAUACAAAAUUCACAGCUUGGAAUAAAGUGCAAGAUAAUAAAUUGCACAAAACUAGUAAGUAAGGGUGGAAAAGGAGCUCAAAGCCACUGACGCCAACUAUCCCCUCACAGCACACAGAACCUCCUGAGGAAGUCGGAUGAUCGACGAAACGCGUUGAGCCCUGCUUUGAAGAACCCUAAAUUUGGUAUAAGCAGUCUUUGCACUUAUUCUGAAGAUCUGUGCACUUUAUCAUUCUGCACUUUAUCCCAUACUGUGUGGGGAUAGUUGGUGUCAGUGGCUUUGCAUAUAGUUUAUGCAGUUUAUUAUCUUGCACUUUGUUCCCAGCUGUGAAUUUUGUAUAUUGUGAAGGGAUAGUUCAUGUCAGUGGCUUUUGUAAACCACCUUUAGCACUUUAUACUUCCCUUUACUUAAACAGCUCUUUUUUGCCUUUGCAGAUGUGCACUUGAUAUUGAUAUAUAUGCUGCUAUCCAGGCUUUCUAUAAUUGAUUGCAUUAUUGCAUUUUUGUGUUAAUAGCCAUCUAUAUAUUUUUAAUCAUUUUAACUAACUUUUUUUUUUUCUCUUUUGUCUUUGUUUCCUCUUUGUUCUGAGACAAGCUGGUAUAAGUGACUGGCGUCCUGUUAUUUUGUAUCGAUUUUUAUCUUGACUUUGUGGUGUUUAUGUAAGCACAAGGUUAGGAGUGACAUUUGGAUAGAGGCUUGCCUGCACUUAACUAUCAUCACUCACUCCACCCAUCCAAUUUUAGUUGUUUUUUAUAACUGAUAUUGCAACUGCAGAUUCCUAGUGAUUUAUUUAGUGAUUUCCAGUAGGCUUUUAUUCAAUUAAAACAAACAGAAAAAAGUCAUUCCAGAUUGUAUCAUUUAUCUUUGUUUCUCAUCUGACAACCUUUAAACUAGAAGGAAAAGUAAAAUAAACCUGCCUACUGUGCCAUUUUCUGCCAAUAUAUUGCCAAUUUGUAUUUGUUAGCGGGUUAGUUGCACACUUUGUUUAGAAACACCUCAUCACUUUAAGCAUUUAUGGUAUAACUUUGAAUCUUCAGAAUUGUGGCUAAUGCUGCUAAGUCAUAGCUAUAGAAAAUGGCAGGGUAAAAUCUUUAACUGGAUGGCAUUUAUAAAUUCGAGAUUAACCUGUGUGAUGUCAGAAGGUGUGAAAAGUUCUUCCCCCAAUGACGCUGAGCUGAGUUGCUCCAGGCGAGAAUAGAACCUUCUAUUUCCUGUUCACUCACGGACAGCAGAGGCGCGGGAAUGUCUGUACUUGCGAGGCACCUUUUAUGUACACUCGAGGGUAUGUAAAGUGGGGUAUACUUGUAUACAUAUAUGUAAAUAUGUUAAAAAAUAUCAAAAUACACGUAGAACAAAAUAUAUCAAUAUACAUAAGUGUAUACGUAUGUAAUAUAUAUAUACAGGGAGUGCAAAAUUAUUAGGCAAAUGAGUAUUUUGACCACAUCAUCCUCUUUAUGCAUGUUGUCUUACUCCAAGCUGUAUAGGCUCGAAAGCCUACUACCAAUUAAGCAUAUUAGGUGAUGUGCAUCUCUGUAAUGAGAAGGGGUGUGGUCUAAUGACAUCAACACCCUAUAUCAGGUGUGCAUAAUUAUUAGGCAACUUCCUUUCCUUUGGCAAAAUGGGUCAAAAGAAGGACUUGACAGGCUCAGAAAAGUCAAAAAUAGUGAGAUAUCUUGCAGAGGGAUGCAGCACUCUUAAAAUUGCAAAGCUUCUGAAGCGUGAUCAUCGAACAAUCAAGCGUUUCAUUCAAAAUAGUCAACAGGGUCGCAAGAAGCGUGUGGAAAAACCAAGGCGCAAAAUAACUGCCCAUGAACUGAGAAAAGUCAAGCGUGCAGCUGCCACGAUGCCACUUGCCACCAGUUUGGCCAUAUUUCAGAGCUGCAACAUCACUGGAGUGCCCAAAAGCACAAGGUGUGCAAUACUCAGAGACAUGGCCAAGGUAAGAAAGGCUGAAAGACGACCACCACUGAACAAGACACACAAGCUGAAACAUCAAGACUGGGCCAAGAAAUAUCUCAAGACUGAUUUUUCUAAGGUUUUAUGGACUGAUGAAAUGAGAGUGAGUCUUGAUGGGCCAGAUGGAUGGGCCCGUGGCUGGAUUGGUAAAGGGCAGAGAGCUCCAGUCCGACUCAGACGCCAGCAAGGUGGAGGUGGAGUACUGGUUUGGGCUGGUAUCAUCAAAGAUGAGCUUGUGGGGCCUUUUCGGGUUGAGGAUGGAGUCAAGCUCAACUCCCAGUCCUACUGCCAGUUCCUGGAAGACACCUUCUUCAAGCAGUGGUACAGGAAGAAGUCUGCAUCCUUCAAGAAAAACAUGAUUUUCAUGCAGGACAAUGCUCCAUCACACGCGUCCAAGUACUCCACAGCGUGGCUGGCAAGAAAGGGUAUAAAAGAAGAAAAUCUAAUGACAUGGCCUCCUUGUUCACCUGAUCUGAACCCCAUUGAGAACCUGUGGUCCAUCAUCAAAUGUGAGAUUUACAAGGAGGGAAAACAGUACACCUCUCUGAACAGUGUCUGGGAGGCUGUGGUUGCUGCUGCACGCAAUGUUGAUGGUGAACAGAUCAAAACACUGACAGAAUCCAUGGAUGGCAGGCUUUUGAGUGUCCUUGCAAAGAAAGGUGGCUAUAUUGGUCACUGAUUUGUUUUUGUUUUGUUUUGAAUGUCAGAAAUGUAUAUUUGUGAAUGUUGAGAUGUUAUAUUGGUUUCACUGGUAAUAAUAAAUAAUUGAAAUGGGUAUAUAUUUGUUUUUUGUUAAGUUGCCUAAUAAUUAUGCACAGUAAUAGUCACCUGCACACACAGAUAUCCCCUAACAUAGCUAAAACUAAAAACAAACUAAAAACUACUUCCAAAAAUAU